AUGUCUGAAGACUUGCAUAAGAAAAUCAGGAAGUUAAAAAAACUGAGUUACGGCUCAGCAAGCAUAAUAGAAUUUCAGAUGAGACAACUUUCAAUCUCAACCCUUAUUUUUCCUAAUAGAAAUCACACUGGAAGCACGUUUCAACUCUCUCUGCAAUCUCUCUCCCUCUUCUCCAUCUUCACCUUCACGCACCUUCAAUCUUCCAUCUCGGACCUUCACGCUUCAACAUCAUCUUCAUAUUCAACCUUCUUCAACCUCCAUCAACUACUUCAACCUUCUCUGAGUUUUUCUGCAAUAUCCUGUCGAUCUUCAUCUGAAGACUUCUCUGAAAUUCAUAUCCCUUCUUCAUCAAUAAUCUGCAACAAUAUUUGCAUCUUCAUCAUCACUGCUUCUCCUGCAACAUCAUACAACAAUGAUUUCAUCAGAGUUUUCUUUAAUUUUCGGCGUCAUCUCUACAACAACUCACAGCAGUACCACAACACAAGUAGAAAGAGAGAAGUAAAACAACAAGAAAGAUACAAACGAGUACGCAUACCUGAAACUUCGCGGAAAGAUAUACGGAUUUCUCAUCGUUGCAACAGCGUGGAAGGAGCAGCGGACUCGUCUAUGGUAGGUAACACCUUUCAAUCUUUUCCUUUGGCAUAUAAUGUUGCCAUGUUGUUCUUUUGA